GCAAUCGAUUGUUCAAAUGUUUGUAAACAAAAUUCUUGAUGCGCACAAAAAUUGUUAAUGUUUCAAUAAAUCAGUUAAAAUGGCCAAAAAUGUCAAGAAAUUAAGCUUGGCCAACAAAUUGGCUAAAAAGGGAGAUGUCAUUAAGCCCACAGAAAUAAUUGGUAGACACAACCGAGCUGAUAAUGUGCGGGAUAUUGAAGAUCUGGUGGGGACUUCGGGGUCAAGUAAUUCGAUUUACUUUUCACCCCUUCAAACCCGCAAACAGCGGGGAACUCUAAAGAAUAUUAAUAUUAAAUCGGAACCCUUGACCCCCACACGGGUUGUGCCCAAAAAGAUCAAAAAUGAGGUUCAGGAUGAGCUGCAAUCCAAAAUUUUAAUGGGCUCAGUCAUGGUAGUUAAGUGCAAGGUGGUGCCAGAUGCCCUGAAUUCCUCCAUAAGGAUUGAUCGGAUCAAGAAGGAAUUGGAAACAGAAUUCAAACAGGAGCCCAAACAAGAGAUUUUGCAAAAUAUUAAAAAAGAAAUUAAGCCUCAAAAGGAACCACUUUUGUUUCUGGGUGUGGAGGCCCCUCAUCCCUUGUGGCAAAGUCACCUGGAAAACAUUCGCACAAUGAGAAACCGUCAGCCAGCGCCUGUGGACACAAUGGGCUGUCAUCGCUGUGCGGAUCCCACGGCAGAUCCAAAGACUCAACGCUUCCAGAACUUGGUGGCUUUAAUGCUGUCCAGUCAGACCAAAGAUCAAACCACUUUCGAGGCCAUGAACCGCCUCAAGGAACGCACUCUCACUACCAUUACUAUUAAGGAAAUGCCAGUAACAGAACUGGAGAAUCUACUGCAUCCCGUAUCCUUUUACAAGAACAAAGCCAAGUACCUCAAGCAGACAGUGGAGAUCCUCAUAGAUAAAUACGAUUCCGACAUACCGGACAAUCCCAAGGACCUCAUAGCUCUUCCAGGAGUUGGCCCUAAGAUGGCCCACAUCUGCAUGGCGGUUGCCUGGAAUAAAGUCACGGGCAUCGGAGUGGAUGUCCAUGUCCACCGCCUUUCGAACCGUUUGGGCUGGGUCCUACAGCCUACCAAGGAGCCGGAACAAACCAGGAUCGGGCUGGAAAAGUGGCUGCCCCACAGCCUCUGGUCGGAGGUGAAUCAUUUAUUUGUGGGAUUUGGUCAAACCAUUUGCACUCCACUGAAGCCCAACUGCGGCGAAUGCUUAAACAAGGAUAUUUGUCCAUCGGCCUUCAAGGAAACUAAAGCCAAGAAAAGUAAAGAGUGAUGGAAGAAAAAAACAUUAAAGUAAAAUAAUUUGCAUUCAAAAAUAGAA